AUGCUUAAUUUAAUUUUUAUAUAUAUUAUUGAACUACCUUCUUUAAAAGAAGAAGAAUCUCAAAAUAAUGGAUGGUGCUUUAAUCUUAAUAAUUCUCUUGCUAAAAGUACAUUUGAACGAUUGAAAACAGAGAAAUGUAAAAAAAAAGUUUAUGACUAUAUUUGUGUAGAAAAAAUGCCUUCAAAUAUUCAUAAUUCUUGUCCUUUUUUUGAUGAAAAAUUAAAAGGAUCAUAUAUAGGUUGUUAUAAGGAUUCACGUAAUAAACGUAUUCUUUCAUCAUAUGAUAUUGUAAUUCCUAAAAUGAAUAGUCCUAAAAAAUGUAUAGAUACAUGUAUUCAGGGUGGUUACAUAUAUGCUGGUGUUGAAUUUACAAAAGAAUGUUUUUGUGGAGAAAAAAUUGAUUUUAAUAGUUCAUCAGUUGUAAAGAUAGAUGAUUCAAACUGCCAAAAAUAUAAAUGUCCUCCUCCAAAUGAUAAUUAUUUUUGUGGUGGUUAUGAAGCUAUUGCUAUAUAUUUAACUGGAAUGAAAGAAUAUAAACGUCCAUAUCCUGUUUAUAUUGAAAGAACAUCAGAAAAUAAAAAUAAUAAAAUAAAAAUUUUAUUUUUACUACAAUUAAAUGGUAGAAAUGAUAGGCAGGUUAAAAGAAUGCUCAAGUCUGUCUACAGUCCAGAUCAUUAUUAUAUUGUUCAUGUUGAUAAAAGACAAAAAUAUAUGUAUGAAAAAAUGAAAUUAUUAGAGAAAAUUUUACCAAAUUUUAAAGUUUCAAAUGAUAGAUGGAGUACUAUAUGGGGAGGUGCAAGUUUAUUGACAAUGUAUUUAAAACUUGUAGAAAGUCAACUUGACAAAGAAUGGGAGUUUGUAAUAAAUAUGAGUGAAAGUGACUUUCUUGUUAUACCAUUAGAAGAAUUAGAAAUUCAACUAUCUUUAAAUAAAGGAAUAAAUUUUAUUAGUAGUCAUGGAAGUAGUGCUGAGAGAAUGUGGAGAAUUGAAGAAAGAGAUACAUUUCCUGAGAAUAUGUAUAUUGAUGGAGGAAGUGAUUGGAUUGUAAUUCAUAGAAACUUUAUCACAUAUGCUUUGUCAGAUGAAGAAUUACCAAGAGAUUUAAGAAAUAUUUUUAAAACAGUUUUACUUCCUUUAGAAAGUUUUUUCCAUACUUUAGGAUAUAAUUCUAGAUUUUGUGAUAAAAUUAAGGCUAGAAAUUUAAGGUUAACAUAUUGGAAAAGAAAACAAGGAUGUAGAUGUGCAAAAUUAAAAAAAACUGUUGAUUGGUGUGGUUGUUCUCCAUUAGUUUUUCGUGAUACAGAUACAAGUUAUAUACAAGAUUCAAUAGUUAAACAAAAAGCAACAUAUUUUGCCAGGAAAUUUGAUGAUUUUGUUGAUAUAAAGGCUAUUCAUUUUGCCGAAAAACAAGCUUUGAAAAAUAGAGAAAAUAUUAAUGAUAUUAUUCUUCAAAACCAUCCAAGUUACAAUAGUAGUUGGGUAAAUUUAUAUAAUAUAAAUUGUGAUGGAAGUAAUGAACUUAUUAACAAUUGGGCUAAAACUUUAAUAGAAUAUCGAAGUGAGUGCCAAUUUAUAAAUAUAACAGAUAUUCAUACAUUCAAAGAUAACUCAAUUCUAAAAAGUAAAAUUGUUGUUACUAUCAACGCAAAAUGUUUUAAUAUAAUAUCACAAAUUGAACUUUUAAUUGAAUAUAUUCAACAUAAAUCACUUCCUAAAAACUUUAUUAUUGACAAUUUUUUGUUACUAGAUGUUAAUUUUGGUCUAAAUUUAGACUUAAAAGAAGAAAUAUUUAGAGAUCCCACAAAUCUUUUAUCAAAAACAGGAACAGCAUAUAUUCUUUUUUCAUGGAAAGAUAAACUUCAAAAUUCCUCAUCAAGUGAAAGAAAAACAAGUCCACCUUUACAUUUAGAAUGGUAUGAUGGAGAUGAAACUUUGAUUGCAAUUCAAAAUAUAUCAUCAUACGAUAGUAUAUUUUAUAAUCAAUAUUCUUUAUUAGAAUUAGAUACUUUACCAAAUAUUAAACCAGGUUCUUGGAAAUUACUUAUAAAAGAUUCAAUUAAUGGUAAAUUGACAGAUGAGUGUUUUGGUGAUGAAUGCAAAACUUUUUCAUGGAGUACACAUUUUCCCGAUCCUAAAAGUGAUAUUAUAAAUGGUUAUGAUAAGAAACAUAAUUGGAUUCUUUAG